CUGUCUCAGACCUCUAAAGAACUGCCAGGUUUAACCCCAGAGAGAAUUCUGUGAAAUUUGUUGUUUGGGACAUCUGAUCUGAAUCCUGACUAAGAACACUUACUGUGGGACGAAACUGCUCUGAAACAUCUCAGCUAAACUGCUCUGAAGAACUGAAUUUGAUUUGAACAUGGAUUUCUUACAGCUGCCAGACAGAGUAAUUGAUAAAUCAGCUGGGAGUGACAAACAGCAGGAAGACCCAGCUGGACUCAGAGACAGAAGACAGACACCUGCUGACUUCAGCAGCAUCUACAGCAAAGACCUGCUCCCAGCUUCAGGUGGUGAGAAGAUGACCAGGAGAUUUCUGCAGGAGCUGGUUAACAUCUUGAUGACGUAUCUCUGCAAGUCAAGCCAGAGGAGUUCCAAGGUCCUGGACUUCCACCAUCCUCACCAGCUGAAGGAGGGACUGGAGGGCUUCAGUCUGGACCUGCCUGAUCAACCAGAGACUCUGGAGCAGAUACUGGUAGACUGCAGAGACACCCUCAAGUAUGGUGUCAGUACAGGCCAUCCCCGUUUCUUCAACCAGCUGUCUUCAGGUCUGGAUGUGAUUGGUGUAGCUGGCGAGUGGUUGACCUCUACAGCUAACACUAACAUGUUUACAUAUGAGGUGUCUCCUGUCUUCAUCCUCAUGGAGGAGGUUCUGCUGAGGAAGAUGCAGAGCAUUGUGGGAUGGUCUGACUAUGAGGGAGACGGAAUCUUCUGUCCAGGAGGCACAAUCGCAAACCUAUACAGCAUCCUGGUGGCCAGAUAUCACUUCUACCCCGAGGUGAAGACCAGAGGGAUGGGAGCUCUCCCUCGACUGGCCCUCUUCACUUCUGAACAUAGCCACUAUUCAGUGAAGAAAUCUGCGGCCGUGCUGGGGAUGGGCAGUGAGAAUGUUUUCAUGGUGAAAUGUGAUGAAAGAGGGAAAAUGAUUCCCGCUGAACUCGAGUCUUGCAUUGUUACAGCUGAAGAGAAGGGUUUGGUUCCCUUCUAUGUGAACGCGACAGCAGGAACCACGGUGUACGGCGCCUUCGAUCCUCUCAGCGCCAUCGCAGACAUCUGCCAGAGACACACAGUGUGGAUGCAUGUUGAUGCAGCGUGGGGCGGAGGCCUGCUCAUGUCAGACAGACACAGGAUGAAACUACAGGGCAUUGAACGAGCCUGGUCCGUGACAUGGAAUCCUCACAAGAUGAUGGGCGUCCCUCUGCAGUGCUCUGUCAUCCUGGUCAAGAAGAGAGGUCUGUUACAGAGGUGUAACGAGCUGGGGGCUGAGUACCUUUUCCAGACAGACAAACCCUACGACGUGAGCUAUGAUACUGGAGAUAAGAGCAUCCAGUGUGGACGACAUGUCGAUGUCUUUAAAUUUUGGCUCAUGUGGAAGGCAAAGGGCUCAGAGGGCUUUGGGUCUCAGGUCAAUAAAUGCUUAGAGAAUGCUGAGUAUCUGUACGACCAGCUGCAGAGGAGGACAGACUUCGAACUGGUCUUUAAAAACAAGCCAGAGCACAGUAACGUGUGUUUCUGGUACAUCCCUCCCAGUCUGAGGGGACUGCCACCUGGACCUGACAGAGAUACAAGACUCCAUCAGGUGGCUCCUCGCAUCAAAGGCAGGAUGAUGGAGAAGGGCUCUGUCCUGAUUGGCUAUCAGCCUUUGGGGGCCCGAGUAAAUUUCUUCAGGUGUGUGUUCUCCAAUCCUGCAACACAGCAAGAAGACGUUGACUUCCUGUUGGAUGAGAUUGCCCGGCUGGGCCAUGACCUAUGACCUCUGAUGUGAUUGCUUGGUCUCACCCCAGUUUGUGUCAUUUAGAAGGAAACGGGUGCAUGUACCAUUAGGCCAUACUGCAUCCAGCUGACACACACAGUCUAAUGUUGGUGCACAGGAUUUUGAUAGUUACUUCCAGCUGUGCUCUACAGCCUCUGGAUUAUAUGACUACUUUGGAUCAUUGUAUAAUAUUACUGUCCUACAGCAUAAAGGAGCACACCCAGCCUUGAACAGGCAGUGGUGGGCUAUCAUUUACCCUCUGGCAUUUUAUGUUUUCCCACUAACCAACAAGCCCAUCUGCUGUGUUAAUGUGUUAUUUAAGGUUUUAGAGCUAUUUCAAUCAAAUUUAUGGAUCUGAAAAUAUGUUUUAGUGUCUCUUUGGUGUAGACCACUUUAUUAGUUCAGCUGAGGAAUUUAUUUCUAGAAGAGAUUUUCACUGCUUUGCCUCCUGUUCAACCCCUUCCAAUCAAAUGGCACUUUUUAUUUUCAAACGCACACACACACAGCAGCUGUGAGAUUAUCACUCACGCUUCAGGGGGUGCAUCUGUGUUUUUAGUGACUUAUCUAGACGAAAUAAAUUCCUUUGCAUCCAACUCCUCACUCCACUGUGCACUGUGCCUUGAAGGUAUAAGCAGGAAAGUAACUGGCAGGUUCUCAGGAAAACAUGCACAAACAUGAAGCUCAAACAUUUUUAUUCUGUGUAUGAAGUGAAAGAAUUAAAAACUCACCCACAACAUGCUGUUAAGAUUUUAAGUCAUGUAUUUAAGAAUAUAUUGAUCACACAUACAAAACAUUUAUUGAAAAAUAGCAUUAUUACAUUUUACAUUUUAAAUUCAUUUUAAUAUUUAAUUGACUUAAAACCCAGUGGUUGUCUUGUAGACGGGUCAGUGCUCAGUACCGUGGAUUCCUUGCAUUUCCAACUGGGAGAAUAACAAAAGGCACAGAGCGCCAUUAAUGCAUUAUGCAAGUUAGUGAGUGAGCAGAAAAGCAGGAGGCUUCGUAUGAUGACAUCUGCCUGUGCCUUGCUAAAGAAAAGUCUUUGUGAAAGAAAGGUUUAAAAAUAAAGACACUUGCAGACAGCAAACCACACAUCUAUGUUUUAAAAAUAAUACAGUGCAGGUUAAAGAAUAAGUCUAGUGCUGGGAUAUGAGCAUCAGUCCAGACAUCAUAGAAGAUUGAAACUGGCAGCUGCUUGUAGAUAUUAAAGAAAUGUGUCCUGUAGUAAAAUGGGUCUCUCAGUAGGUACAGAGGACAUAGGUUAAUAUUUAAUAUUUAUCUGUUUAGCAAUUUACAGUUUGAUCCGUGUAUAUGUUGAAUCUGCACCAAAAAAAAAAAAAAAAAAAAACUGUUCUCAACACUACCAAAAUUUCACUCGUCUUUAGUUGGCAGAGGAGCCUUUUUAAAAAAAAAAAAAAGAAAAAAAAAACACACAUAAAAAUAAAUAGAAAUCAGCAGACAGUCUGCAUUACAUGUUCACCA